UGGUCUUGCUGGAAACCACACGUACCUGCUGUCCUGUGUCUGCAGCAGCCAGCCAGACCCGAUUUAGCAAUCUAUUUCUGUCUGUGCUGCCAGGCCCUCUAGGUUUUCCCCUGGGUAAGGGCCAAGACUGCCCACCUGCUUUGGUCUCAGUCCCUGAGCAGCCAGCUACUUACAGCCUCCUGGCCUGCUGGACACCACACCGUCUGAGAGGACACCUGGCCAGUCUGAACAUGGAGAAGAGCAGAGACACCCCUCUGAAUGUUGCAACAACAGAGACAUCUCCAGUCCGCCGGUAUGGUCACAGCUCCUAUUCAUCCAGCUCACGACCAGAAAACCAUGUGAUUCCUGGGGACAUGGAUUUGACGUUUGAGAGUCAGCCAGACUAUGAAGAUGGGGAGGAAGAGGAUGCACCUCCAGAGGCAGAUGUAGGACAAGAUGGAGAACUGUCUGCCGAAGAAAUAAUUUUUUUGGAAAUGUUUCCUGGGUGGAAAAAACAGCAAGAAAAGUUGAUCGCAACACUUCAUGCCUUUGCAAAGGAUGCUGAUAAAAUCUCCAGAAAAUUCACUGAGAAAAAUGUGUUGAACAAAUCUGUCACUGUUGUUGCUGAAUUGGUGAGCAUUGUGGGUUUAGCCCUAGCUUCAGCAAGUGGAGGAAUAGGCCUGCCACUCGCAGUUUUUGGCCAAAGUGUGUCAGUGUUAGCUGCUUUCCAUAGUAUUCUGACAAAGUUGAGAGAAAACUCUCGCAAUGAAAAACUCCUUGGUCGGGCAAACAGCAAAGUGCCUAACCCUGAUGAAGAGUUUGAGGACCCUGGUGGAAAGAAGACAGCCUAUAUCACGGCUGCUGGCCAGGCUAUGUACAAGUGUGGUAGAGCCUGGGAUGUUAUCAGCAAACACACCCAUACCCUUUUUCCUAGCAAGGCCCUGUCACACGUGGCACAGAGGUCCUUAACAACAUCAGUACUGCCCAUUGAAAAAGCAGUUGGCAUCUAUGGCGGUCCCUCAGCUUUCAUGUCUCUUGCUGGGGAUGUAUACAGUCUCUGGGAUAACUGGAAGAAACUGAAGAAUAAAGAAAAGGCUGAGCUUGCAGAAGAUUUAAGAGCUCGGGCUGAGGAGCUGGAAGAGGAGCUGACACGGAGGACCAAACGCUAUAACACACUGAAAAAAAAGAAAGAGUUAAGAGAAAAACGUCUUAGGAGGUCAUCUUUGAAGGAAGCCAAGAAGACUCAAACUCAGCCUCCAUCCAGGAGUGGGAAAGCAGGAUCCUGGGGUUCAAGAAAAAUGAACACAAACACCUCUGAGAUGAAUUAAAGGGUCCAGAGCAGGAGCAGCACUGCUGGCUGACGAGAUGGAAGGAGAUUCACCAACUGGGAGGUCCUUUAGACUUGGCAAGGGAGAGUUCAACUUAAGAGAGCACUGCCAGCCUGCCAGGUCCACUGUCUCUCCUUACUCCCUAUCAUUUUAGCGUGGUUUCCAGCCACCAAUCCCUUUUAGACUAGUGAUGUUUUCUGCCAGCCUUUUAUAGUAAGUGAUAGUAAUAAGAUGGAAGGUUCAGGAAAAGGUCUUUUCAUGUUCUGCUCCAUAGGGACAUACUGGCCUCUCUGCUACCUUCCUACCUAUUCUGUGGAAACCACUGGCUCAUGACCAGGUUUGCUCACUGUUACUAGACUGUUACUAGAACCAUCCCAGCCAAAUCCAGUGGGAAGCAGAGUAGCCCAGCAGCCACUCUGUUCCCCCAGGACCCAAGUCCUUGGCCCUGCUUAGGAACCUCACCCUUAUACAGGACUUCUGCACGCCCUGUUUACCUCCAUUAGAAAUAUUUUUCCUGGGCAGGGGAUUUAGCUCAGUGGUUCCACUGCCUGCCUUGCAAGAGCCAGGUCCCAAGUUUGAUCCCCAGUGCAAAAAAAAAAAGAAAGAAAGAAAGAAAUAUUUUUCCUCUAAGAAAUGGAGCUAUUAGAGAUGCGGGAGAAGGAAAGGGGAAUGGGAAAAAAAUGAUGAAAAUAAAGCUUUUGCGAAUGUGAAGAGGAUCACCCAUUGCAAGGAGCAGGGAGGGAGGGGAAGGACAAGAGUUAAAAUAAAAAAACAGCAAGCAAUAGAGAAAAGAAUUAAGAUCUAUUAUUACCAACUCCCCACAAUAAUUAUAAU